AGCACGAGAGCAUGGCGGCGGUUGCGAGGCGUGAGGACGGGGCUGAGCAGGCCUGCGAGGGACAGCAGAUAAAUGAAGAUUUACUGCCAUGGUACCUAAAAACAUCGAAAUUAGCACUAGCUCUGGCUAUAAUUGGCAGCACACCCUCAGAAAAGAGCAGCAGAGAAUAUGCAGAGCAAUUGGCUAAUAGCUUAUAUCAGAAGGGAGUCGAAUGGAAGUUAAAGGCUGAGGCUUGGAAAGCUGAGGCAUUACACCUGCGUCAGAAGUUAUUUCUAACUCAAAUGCAACCUGAAGCAAGAUCAAAUGAUGGCACUGGAGCUAACUCUUCCACCUGCCUAGAAUUUUCAGCUCAAGAUCCUGUGAGCUUUAUGAAUGAGUCUGCUGUUCUAGAGGAUUCUGGUUGUGAUGUAUCUAAUGGUCAAGGAUCAGAUACUCAGGACCUAUUAACAAACUGCAGACUGAAAAAUGUUGAUUCUUAUUCAUUAACCAGUGAAGAAACAUUGCCAUUAGUUAAUUCCACAUUGCUCCCUGCUGCAUCAGACGCUGCCAGAGGGGAUGAAUUACAAGUGGUUAAGAAAAUGUUUAAUUUUCACACUCAGUUUUUACAGAGUUUAAUACGCAUUAGAAAGAUUGCAGCUGAUAGAACUCCAACAGCAGAAACAUUGACUUUAGCUGUUGACUACUCAAUAGUGAUAGACUCAGUGUCACAUUUUGCUGAGAGUUUGCUAGUUUUCUGUACAAAACCCAAAUCUCUACCUCCACCUUCUUUGCUGAUGCAAGCAACCGAGUCCCUUGUCAGCAUAAUGCAAGACGGUAAAUUGCCAUUGCCUGUCCUUGAGCAGUGUAUCAAGAGGGUAGAGGAACUUGUAAAGAAGUUGGUGAAAGUCAUUUUGGACAAUGUGGAAAUAAAUCGGUUCCAGGAACAGGAGAUGGUGGCUGAGCUUCUCAUUGUGCUUGGACAGUGCCCGUCUUUCAAUGCUCAGGUUUUUUCCUGCCUUCUCUCAGCAAUUAAUAAUUUCAUCGAUUAUCUUUGGCAGAUAAACCAGAUGGAGCUUGAUGUAUCUUCGUAUGAAAAUGUCUACUACCUAUUUUGGAUUCUGGAGCAGAUCUUGCAGCGCAGGAAGCCAGCAGGUAGUGGAGCCGCAGCUGUGAAUUUAGUGGAGCUGGAAAAACUGCAACAGAGAUUAGACCAGACAUUGCUUCAUCUAUCAAGUGAUUUCCCGUUGUUUACAGUGUACCUUUGGAAACUAGCAGGUCUGUUCGAUGCACAGCAGAAAGAGAACUGAAGUAUAGUUCCAUAUUUUACAAUCCAGCCUCAACUCUCUCAAACGUGUCAACUUCCCUGCAUGCUAAUUUUUAAAUACUUAAAACUUAUAAAGACCUCUAAAAAUGUUCAGAUGCAGUGAUGUACAAAACAAAAUCAGGAAAACUGCCCUUGUGUUCAAAUGUCUAAUA